CAAGGUACACAAAUUACACAAAGUGUGUCCUCAUUAUUCUUCAAGUCUAAAUAUUUCAUCAGUUUGAUGGGCUUAAUUCUUCGAUUUAACAUUACAUGCAAUCUAUGCGAAUUACAAAAAAUACUUGGACAAAACAUAUUUUCCCCGAUUCUUUCACUUUCUCCAAAUCGACUCGAUCAUGCUUCCUACAUUUUACCAUUUUUUCCAUUUUCCCUAAACUUUCACCCGGACAUGGAGCGUGCCAAAAACCAACUGCACAAAAAUCAACUACAAAUCAAUUGCAUACCUUCCGUUUCCCUCUGGUAUUUCCGAGUCUCACAAUUUUUCGGAUUUUUCCCCCUUUCCAUAAACCCCUCCAAAAUUUCGGAACCAUAUAUUGAAAUAUUUUCCUUGUCCCCGAUUUUCCGUACUUUACCCUCAAUCUAUAUCCUAAUUUUAAUCGGGCUCGCAAUAUUUCCAUUCUUCGUAGUGGAAGCAGACAUUUCCCGAUUUGAAAUUUUUUCAAACUCUUUCCACUCCGUGGGACGAGAUUCUUUCCGCAUCAUAAAUUUUUUGGGGGUAACGUUCGGAAAUUUAUCGCCAAUGUUGGCAAGAGUCGAUGUGCUGUUUCAGCGCGGAAAAUUUGUCCAAUUUUGGCAUAAUUUUACUCAAAUGUGGGAUCAAUUUGAGUCCAGAGGAAUCACAAAUUCGGAAAGAUUGGAAAUUUAUUUAAGGAGAAGGCUUAUCGGUCACGUAAUUGUGAAUGGAUUUUGUGCCGUGUUAGCAAUUUUCGGUGCGAUCCGGUACGGCGGAUGGGAUGGAAAUUUCGAAAAUAUUUCGGUCACAAGUGUGCUACUUGUUGGCCUGGAUGUCGUGCAAAAUUUUACCGCUGUGGGGCAAGCAUUUGGGUUGACGCUGCUCAUAUUUUUCACUCAAGUUUAUAACCAUUGUUUGGACGGGAUAUUGGACAAAGUAGGAAAAUUAAAUGUUCCCGAAUUUGUGAACCUUUAUAAACUCCUGGACGACCAAGUGGUCGAAUUUAAUGACGUUUUUAAUCAGAAAAUAAUCCUGGAAGUUUUUUAUAACAUGGUUCUCCUCCUGUUUUUUGGAUAUUUUACGAUUCUGUUUUAUAAAAUGGGAGAAAUUAUGUAUGUCUUGUUUAACCUUUAUAAUGUGGUCGUGUUGUUCGUGUGGUUUUUCUGGUUGGGGAAAUUGUGUGGCGAUAUUACGGUGAAAAGUGGGCGGAUCGGGAAAUUUUUGAUGUAUCAGAGUUGCUUAAGGAGUGGAGAUUAUCAUGGAUUUGGGAAUUGUUGUGGUGGGGACAAGAUUAAAUUGUUGGCCGCAUCGAUACAAAAUGGUCCCUUGGUUGUGGAAUGCUGCUUGUUUGAAGUCAAUCUAAAAUUGCUGGUUUCGGUUGUUGCAACAGUUACAAUGUAUCUUAUCAUAAUUGUACAAUUUUUGUUGGUGGAUAUUUCGCAGUGAAUAAUGCAAGGAAAAAUAAAGUGUUUUAAAUUUCGAUUGAAGAUCUACAAUGAUACUUAAAGUAUCAUGCUUUACCCAAGUUAGACGAUUUUGAGUAAAAAAGAAUGGGGUCUCUUUAUGGAUAUAUGUAUAACUAAAUACGCAAAUUUUAAGCUGUCUUGCA